AUGGCUGCCUUAGCACGCUUCUUGCCAAUGGCAGGCGACAAAGCAGCUCCGUUCUUCACUUGUUUGAAAAAGAAUUCGACGUUUCAAUGGACUGAGGCGUGUGAAAAAGCUUUUACUAAAUUGAAAGAAUCAUUAGCAACAUUACCAGUACUAUCCAAACCCACGCCAGGCGUUCCUUUGACGCUCUACUUGGCAGUUACAGAUAGGGCGGUCAGUACUGUGUUGCUUCAGGAAGAAGGGAAAAAGCAUAAGGUUAUCUAUUUUGUGAGACAUACUCUGCAAGGUGCUGAAUUGCGAUACCAAAAAAUCGAGAAGGCGGCGUUGUAUGAGCCAAGGGGACAAGUUACAAUCCAAAGCUUGAUUGACUUCGUGGCGGAAUUAACACCCACGGAAGGCGAGAAAACUCAGGGAGAGUGGGUCCUGUCUGUUGAUGGAUCCUCCAACGAUACGGAAAGUGGGGCAGGAAUAACUAUUGAAAGCCCGGACAAAAUGGUCAUCGAACAAUCUUUGAAAUUCGAGUUUAAGGCGAGCAGCAACCAAUCAGAAUACGAGGCACUAAUCGGCGGUUUAAGACUCGCCAUUGAAUUAGGCGUUCAGAAAUUGUUUAUCAAAGGCGACUCACAGCUGGUUGUUAAACUGGUAAAAGGAGAGUAUCAGGUGAAGGAUCCACAACUUUCCAAAUACCUGGAAGUGGUGCACAGGCUAAUGAUGGAAAUAGAGAAGAUCAGGAUAGAACAUAUUCCAAGAAGUCAAAAUGAAAGGGCGGACGUGCUGGCAAAAUUGGCCAGUACGGGGCGAUUGAGCAAUUAUCAAACAGUCAUCCAAGAAACCCUUCCUCGCUCCAGUAUUGACUUGGUGGAAGUUAAGUUAAAGGCGGUAAAGACGGUAACGGAAGGCGAGCCUUCGUGGAUGGAAUCAAUCAAAACUUUUCUCCAAAACCCUCAAACGGAUGAUAAUUUGAACACAAAAGAAAAGCGUAGGGAGGCUAGUUUUUACACGCUGGUAGGCGAUGAGCUAUAUCGGCGGGGAAUUAUGUCUCCUAUGCUCAAAUGUGUUGACAUGAGAGAUGCUCAGGGAAUCAUGGCAGAAGUUCACAAAGGAGUAUGCUUUAGUCAUAUAGGAGGGUGA